AUGCCCAUUAUGAGUUCAACGAUACCUCCAGCAGAGCCAGAGGUUGUUCCGCAAGAAGUUCCUGACAGUCCUGAAGCUCAAGUUCCACAUAACGAUCAAACAAGUUCCCCAAUUAACACCACUGGCCCUAUUGUCGCAGAUGAUUUUAGCGAUGAAAGUAGUGAGUUUGGGAGUGACGGAUCGGAUAUGACCUCUCUUUCGUCGAGCGUGCUUGAAUACGAAUAUGAAAAUGGUCGGCGGUAUCACAGUAGCCGGACUGUAUGUUUUGUGGUCUUCCUCAGAAUGAUAGUUUGUUAA